UUUACUUUCUGAAUGUGAUCUAUGGAGAUGUGAAAUAAACUAGUUCUUCCGAUUUCUAUUAGAAAUUUACUUUAUGAACUCCAUUUUUAAAUGUUAUAUUUAAGUUAUGCUUAAGAAUACAUAAUGAUAAACUAUGACGUUAAAUUCCUGACAUGCGAUGAUACAGUGCACAUAAAAAACAACGACUUUAAAAGUUUCAAAUAUGAAACUAAGAAAAGAGUGGACGAGACGAUUUAUGAUUCUGGUAAACGCAGUUACUGUGAAAAACGCGGAAGUGUUUGGCGGGCCGCCCACCCUCGACAAGUGCGUCAGUUGGAGUCAAAGCUUAGAGACAGGAGUAUCAUUACCUGUGAAUGGACCACCGACUCGCUGAUCACUAUAGUAUUCUCCUCUGGAGUCAUAGCCUACCUCACUGUCAAGCAAAACACCUUAGAUGUUUCUCAAAUACUCUUUGACAAAUAUUUUGUGGGGAAACUCUCCGGACAGUCUAUUACAAAUGUGGCACUGUCAAAAUCUUACAUACUAGUAACACACAGUGAUCGCACUGCAACACUAGUAACAUUUGGCAAGAAGAAUAUCAGUCUUCCAUGUCGGAUCACAGACAGAGAUCCACAUGUUCAGAACAUAGAAUUAGGUGGCAGUAGUCGCAGAACAGAGAGGCAUAUAUCAUGCAAUGAGGGGCCCAAUGGAGCUCAGGUGCUCGUUUGGAGCGUCACUGUAGCGGAGCCGGCGCCCUGGAGCCCCGUACUAGAAGACCAUGCUAACCUACACCUUUAUACAAUUAAUGGACACAACAUCAAUCUAACAGCAUAUCACCAAUUGGAGAACGAAACAUUGUCUGCUGAGCUGUCCAAUAAGGGAGAUAAUGUAGUUCAUAUUGUGGAACAAGUUACAUGUCAUAAGAAUGGCAUCAACUUAGACUGGCUACGAUACGAAGUGAACCCCGAGGAUCGUGCGACAAAAUUGUCGAGCGGUCGCGAUAGUGCGACUCACGUGUCGCUGUGUACGGCGGUGCGGGCCGCGCGCCGGGCGCCCUGCGACACGCGACUAUUGCUCGCAUGUAUCGACGGCUCGCUGCAUGUCGUGCAUUGUGUGGCUGGUCUUACUCAUACUACUAGAGCUGGAUUUAUAGCGACAGAGAUCAGAUGGGCGGACGAGCUAAUAAUAGCGGCUGAAGAGGGCGGGAGACUGCAGUGCUUCGACCGAGCGCUCUCCCUACUACACCAUCACUCCAAAUGCUUAGAUCUCACUUCAUACUUUCGGGAUUCUCGACGGAUGCAGUUGUUAGCCUCAAGGUCUGCUAAGGCCGGUCCCAUAUUGCUAGCCAAUUUCUCCGGCGGGCCACUCACACUUCUACACAUCUCACAUCCGAAGCUGCUAACGGCGUGGAUCCGUAACAAGCGUCCAUCGAAUGCGGUGUCGUUACUCCGUGCCAUGGACUGGGAGCGAGAGGGCACCGAGUGUCUCUGGGCUGUCAACAUGCUCGUCUGUGCAGCUUUAAGGAAUAAAACUGAGGCGGGGUGCAGCGAGACGGUGGCGCAGGGAGCGCUGGGCGCGUUCCUGUCCCCCGCCGCCCCGCACGCCCCCGCCGCCGCGCGCUACCAUCCACCACUACAUGACCUCGCCAGGAAGUUCUUCCAUCAUCUACUGCGUCGCGGUCGUAUAGAGAAGGCACUAAGCCUGGCCGUGGACCUGUCGUGCUGGGACCUGUUCUGCGACGCUCGUUGGGCCGCGACACGCCGCGCGCUCCCCGCGCUCGCCACUGAGGCAGCUUCACUUGCACUGCACUAUGCUGACCUGGAUCAUGGUUCAGAAUGUUCAGAAUCAUGUUCGAGCUGCAGUUCACACUCUUACACUGGGUCUGAAGAAGAACCAAGUGCGACGUCAGAGCUUGUCAAAACAAAACCACCGCCACUACCUCGCGUCUCAAUUCCCAACCAUCCUACACUCAUGCAGGUGCCAAUCACCCACACAGAGACCAUGUCCACGAAUAGCAUACGACCAAACCUCCAUCAGUAUUUAGAAAGAGAUAACACGAUAUGGACCACAGAUGUACGUGACGAUACGUACACAAGGACCCAAUACGAUGACUAUACAAAACCUGUACGGAACUCACAGAACAUGCGAUGGCAUAGUAUGGAUGUACUGUCUAACUACAAUGGAACAAAACACAAGCUACUGACUAUAAACGAGGCCCCAGUUAAACCAACUCAUACAGUCUUGGACAUACUCCCUCGCCCACACGAUGACAGAUUAUCAACAAACCACUAUAAACAUUUAUACCAAACUGAACUAAGGGAGGAAGCUCCGAACACCCUGUAUCGUUACCAAAAUAAUAAUAAUAAUUACCAUCCCAGUACGAGCCUUAAAGAGAGAUCGUAUAGAAUUGAUAAUGACAUGGAGAAGCAAGGAAAUCGUACUGGAGAAAGGAAUAAAGUCAAAUUCUCAGAUACUGUUACCAUAGCUGUAGUUUCAGAGCCGCGCGUGUCUCCGGAGCCAGCCCGCGAGUUAGCGGCCAGUCUUCCUUUAUGUCCCCCUCACAAGUACCUGUCUGCCUUCACCCCGCAGCAGCCCGCGCCGGCAGUAGCCGCGCCCCCGGGUCCGCCCGCCCCCGCCGGUACUACGCUCGACUACGUUGAAGUGUGAUGCACGCACGCAUGCCACCAUAUGCACCUCAUUACUUCGUUCACGAUGCACGACCAACCAUCAAAAUGCAACUUAUUCAUUAAAAAACGCAACGCAAAAGCCGCCGAAAAUCAAAGUUGUACAUUUUGGCAUGGUAUAAAGAGACUGCAAUACCUACAUUCCAUUUUAUUGCGACAUUGUGCAAUGUAUAGUGAUAUAAGAAUCCGUCCAGAUUUAGAUUUAAGAUAUACAAUGUAUAUAAAAAUAACUGUUUAUUUUAAAAGGCUGAUUUCUGUACACUGAAUUUGUAACAAAUGUUUAGAUUUAGUCUUUGUGGAGACACAGAAGGUACUAUAAUAGAAAAUAUAAUGCUACAAGAACCAGGGCAUGUGAUCCAUCGGUAUUGGAAAUCGCAGGCAUAUCCAAUGGUUUAAUGAGUGGUGAUACAUUUUUAUUACAAUUACGAAGUCUAACAUACAAUAAAUGGUUGUGAACGGCCUCUAAGCUAUGAUCAAAUGUUAAAAUUGAAGUUAAUUUGUUAAGUAAUGCAUUUAUUAUAUUAUGAGCUUAAAAUGAAUAAUUAUACAUUUUAAAAUGUGUAUUUUGUGUUUUAUUUAACCGACUUCUACACCAACUUUUUCGCUUGAAUGUGUGACUGAUUUGAUUUCUAGCUAAUAAUGAACUCGCCUUGAAUGACUAUGAUCCGCUUCAUUUCAUCAAACCCUAGACGUAGGGUCGGUGUGCGACUCAGGCUUAAAAAGGGUGAAUAAUUUAAACUUCGGGGCUCCAGAGAAAGGAAUUUCCUAUAAAC